CCGCACGGACCGAUGGCGAAGAUAAUCCUGUGGGACCAGAUCGCGCGGAACUGCUUCCGCGGGACCGCGAAGGCGUUCGAGUUCGACGACAAGGCCUUAGAGCUCGCGCGGACGAUGGCGCGCGACGACGACCUCGUGGAGAAGCUCCCGCCCGCGUACGUGCACUUCGUGUGCUCGCCGUUCACGCACAGCGAACGCAUCGAAGAUCACGACCUCGGCUUUCACGUGUACGAAGGGCUGGCGAAGCGGUGCCCAGAGGUGGCGGGGUUCGCGGAGGGGGCGAUGAAGUCGCACCGGGACGUGAUCGCGAGGUUCGGGCGGUACCCGCACAGGAACGCGAAGCAGGGGAGGGAGAGCACCGCGGAAGAGCUCGCGUGGUUA